AUGCAAACCGCAUUGAUUCGUGGAAAUGAAUCCAAUCAUAUCUUAAAAUGUCGUGAAUUAUUCCAACAGUUUAUUGUGGACAUGUACGCGAAAGUCGAAAGUGAACGUCUUCUUUUCAUUCGCUUAAAUCAAAAGAAGCUGCGCGUUGAAGAAUACGUUCAUUUACGUGAUGCAGUUGCUAAUGAUGGAAACAUUGGACAAAUGGUAAUUUUACCUGUAACAUAUACAGGAAGCCCGCGGCACAUGCACGAAUACGGGCAAGAUGCUAUGACGUACGUUCGAAAGUAUGGACGAUCAGACCUAUUCAUCACCUUCACUUGCAAUCCAUCGUGGAGUGAAAUAACCGAAUUGCUUUUUGCAGGCCAGAGCUCAUCGCACAGACAUGAUCUUCUGGCUCGAAUAUUCAAGCAAAAGCUAAUAAGUCUUAUGAAUGUCAUCACGAAGAAUUUUGUUUUUGGAGAUACCAGAUGCUGGAUGUACUCAAUUGAAUGGCAAAAGAGAGGCUUACCACACGCUCACAUUUUGAUUUGGUUGAAGCAAAAAAUUAUACCUACACAAAUUGAUAGCGUUAUAUCAGCCGAGCUUCCAAAUCAAGCCGAAGAUCCCAUUCUUUUUGAAAUAAUCAAGAAAAAUAUGAUUCAUGGGCCAUGCGGUACUUUUAAUCCUAAUUCACCAUGUAUGCAAAACGGCAAAUGCACAAAGCGAUAUCCACGUGAGUUGAUUACUGAAACUCAAACUGGAGGUGAUGGAUAUCCUCUGUAUAGGCGAAGAAAUCCCACUAAUGGUGGAUACACAACUACUAUUAAGAUGCGAAGUGUAGAUAUCGACAUAGACAAUAGAUGGAUCGUGCCAUACUCGCCACUACUUUCAAAAAUGUUUAAUGCUCACAUUAAUGUUGAGUAUUUUAAUUCGGUAAAGUCCAUAAAAUAUAUUUGUAAAUAUGUUAACAAGGGCAGUGACAUGGCAGUAUUCGGAUUAGCAAAUCGAGGUGAUGAGAUCACGCAAUAUCAAACAGGGCGCUACAUCAGCAGUAACGAAGCAGUAUGGCGGAUAUUUGCAUUCAAUAUUCACGAACGAUAUCCAACGGUUCAACAUCUCGCUGUUCAUUUGGAAAAUGGUCUGCGGGUUUACUUCACCGAAGAAAAUGCGCAAAAUAGAGCAGAGCAACCACAAAACACAACACUGACUGCUUUUUUCGAAUUGUGUACAUCCGAAAAUUUUGCUAAAACGUUGCUGUAUCAAGAUGUACCCAAAUAUUAUACUUGGAACACAUCGACAAAAAAGUUCAACAGAAGAAAAAGAGGUGCAAUUGUUCCAGAGCAUCCCGGUAUAUAUUCGUCCGAUGCAUUGGGACGUGUGUAUACUGUUCAUCCAAAUAACGCCGAGUGCUAUUAUUUGCGGUUGUUGCUGCAUACAAUCAAAGGGCCGACAUCAUUCCUUGCAUUGAAAACCAUCGACGGAGUAGAAUGCCAAACGUACAGAGGAGCGUGCUUUAAACUGGGCUUACUUGAGAAUGAUCAGAAUGGGAACACAACUCUGACCGAAGCAUCACUCACGUGCCAUCCAAAGCAAAUACGAACUUUGUUUGCGAUAAUCUUAACAACAUGCGCACCAUCGAAUCCUCGACAACUGUGGGAAAUGCAUCGUGAAAGCCUCAGUGAACAUAUUCUAAGACAAGCACGUGCAAGCGAUCCAAGACAUUUUCAAUGA